AUGUCACAACUUCUCGUCAAUGCUUCGUUGAACGUGGUGUGCGCAAACUUCGUUUUCACAAUUAUCCAUUCGGUCCAAAGGAGAAAAAUACGGUUGCCUGGGAGUCUGUAUACAUGUCAAACCCUUGUGAGUUUAACCCUGUUUUCAGCUGUCAUUGUGGAUGUUCCUUUGACAAUUUGUUUCCCGUCACUCAAGACUUUGAGGCUUAGACGUGUGGAAUUUUCAAACGAUGAAAUCGUUCCUAGGAUUCUAUCUGGUUGCCCUGUCCUUGAAGACCUAACUGUGGUUAGAGAACACAAUGGAAGCGUGAAAAAUAUCACAAUCAUGGUUCCUUCAUUGCUGAGAUUAACAGUUUUGGACUUCAAAUUUGCUUAUAAAGUUCCAGGAAAUGAUGUUGGGUUUGUGAUCAAAGCUCCUUCUUUAAAGUCGUUAACGGUUGUUAGCCAAGUAAGUUGGGUUUGUUCAUUAGUUAAUAUGCCAAACCUCGUGAAGGCUAACGUCAAGCUUCCUCCACCUGGUGAUUCUAAGAAGCUUCUAGAAUGUCUUACCUCAGCCAGACACCUUUCCUUAUGUACAAUACCAUCACCGUUUUCAUAUCCUAUUGGCGUCUUCUAUCAUCUCGUGUCUCUAGUACUAUGUACAUGCUGUUCAGUUUGGUUCUGUCUUAUACUCAGACAAACCCCUAAAAUAAGAGUUCUCAGAUUCCAACCAAUUCAAAAAUGUUGCCAUCAUAUCCAGAUUCAGUGGGAGCAAUCAAGUUCUGUUCCUCAAUGUUUGAUCUCGAGUCUUGAAACUGUUGAGUGGAUUGAUUACCAAGGAAGAGACUCAGAGAAAAAAGUGGUGAUGUAUUUGCUAGAGAAUUCUGGACAGCUAAAGAAGAUGGCUAUUAAAGCCUUACCAUCAACCAAUUUGGAAAAGAGAUACAAGAUACUGCAAGAGCUGUCCUCUACGCAGAGGAGUUCUAAAAAAUGUCAGUUUUCCUUCACCUGA